GGAGCACUUGUUAUAAAAAGCUCGAGAAGCCCUUCAGUCUUUAUUUGUGUGUGUCUCUUUCAGGAACAAGGAAAAAUCGGCGUGACGUUUAACAUCGGGACAGUGGACAUAAGCGUCAAGGAGUCAAACACAGAGGUAAACGAUGGCAAGUACCAUUUGGUCCGAUUCACGAGGAACGGGGGCAAUGCGACCUUGCAGGUGGACAACUGGCCAGUCAACGAGCACUUUCCCUCAGGCAACAGCGACAUUGAGCGCUAUCAAAUGGCAAAUAAGAAAAUCCCGUUCAAAUAUACCCGGCCAGUAGAGGAUUGGCUUCAGGAGAAAGGCCGGCAGCUGACAAUCUUCAACACCCAGGCCACUAUUUCUAUCGGAGGAAACGACCGAAAGCGGCCCUACCAAGGCCAGCUCUCCGGCCUCUAUUACAACGGCCUCAAGGUUCUCAACAUGGCCGCCGAGGGCCACCCUAACAUCAAGGUGAACGGGAGCGUGCGGCUCGUGGGAGACGUGCCCACCAGCCGUGGCGCGACGCGCACCACCACUUCAAUGCCUCCAGAGAUGUCCACCACCUUCAUUGAGACCACCACCACCCUGUCCACCACAACCACCCGCAAACAGCGCUCGCCACCGUCUAUUCAGACGACGGACGACAUCGUCUCGUCAGCCGAGUGCUCCAGCGACGACGAGGACCUGGAGGAGUGCGACUCCGGACAUGCAGGAGGGGAGCUAGUCGUCCCCGUGCUAGUUGAGGACCCCAUAGACAUCCCUUCUGUAUCCACCCGUUCACCCUUCAUCCCCCUUCCCCCGACCCUCCGCCCCGUCCUCACCAUUAUCGACACCACCAAAGAAUCCUUGGCCAUGGCCACUGAGGCGGGGGUACCUUGCUUGUCGGACCGAGGCAGCGAUGAUUGUGAUGGUGGUGAUGAUGGUGGUGAUGAUGAUGAUGAUGAUGGCAUGGUGAUUUCGGGGUUUGGCUCUGGCGAAGCUUUCGACUCUAGCCUGCCCCCGACUGACGAUGAAGAUUUUUACACCACCUUCUCCCUGGUAACAGAUAAGAUCUUGACCACAUCGGCUUAUGAAGGCGGCUACAAAGCUCUCGUGCCCAAGUGGGAACCCAAGGACUUGAGGCCUAGCAAGGCCUCAGAGGCAGGCAGGACUACACCCGCCUCGCCUCUGCCGGACAUCCGGGGCACACCGGCGGCGGCGGUCCCCUCGGACAUGCCACCCAAGCUGCCUGCAGGGAAAAUGGACAAUCGCGAGGUCAAACCUCUGCAGCCAGACAUACCAGUCCUGCUGCCCCGUCCGACAUCCUUCGAUGUGGACGGCACCAAACCAAGGGGCCCCUUCAUCACCUCACCCAUGCUGCGCACAGUACCCGCCGCCUUGCCCACGGUGCCCGGCGUGGUGAGGCGCGUGCCGCCCGGAGCCUCGGAGGUGAUCCGUGAAUCCAGCAGUACCACGGGCAUGGUGGUGGGCAUUGUGUCAGCCGCCGCCCUCUGCAUCCUCAUCCUCCUCUACGCUAUGUACAAGUACAGAAACAGGGACGAGGGUUCCUACCAGGUGGACGAAACGCGCAACUACAUCAGCAACUCUGCGCAAACCAAUGGCGCUGUGGUGAAGGAUAAAACGCCCAGCGGCAGCGCUAAAGGCAGCGCAAGUAGCAAGAGACCGAAAGACAAGGAUAAGGAAUAUUAUGUAUAGAAAUCAAAUCAUUUCACAACACCUGAAUAAACUGUUUGGAACAAAGCUAAAAAACAUUUUGACAGUACCAUAUUGGCAACUGUGAUUUAAAAAGAACACAUUUUCUUGAGAACUCUAGACUCGCGGAGUCGCUUACAGACGAACUUCAGCUCACGGGAGCUCACUUACUAUUGUAAGCGUUACAAAGAGACGAUGCAGUACGACUCCAUCGGGACGAUUUGAAAAGUUCCCGCUGGAGACAUUCGACGGUGUGAAUUAUCACUCGAACACCCCGACACAACCCCAAGUGACUGUGAAGAGGUGUGUAAUCCUUGGAGUUCUACUGACCCCCCCGUCCAUUGUAACCCUG